AUAUAUAUAUAUAUAUAUAUAUAUAUAUAUAAUGGGUUUUUAUGCUUAUCAAUAGGUGUGACUCUAUCUGGAUUUAGGCAUUCUACCAAACGCCAAGUUGAAUUUUUUAAUAUGUAUAUAAUCUCGAAAUGUUCUUAAAUUUCACAACUGGGCGAACACCCAAACAAAAAACAGCUAAGAAAAAUAAAACCAGCAACUAUCCUUAAACGAGAUGUCUUUGGCAAAUCAUGUUUUUAACCCUCCACCUCUGCAAGAGAACUACUUGAACGUUACUGAGUCGAUAUAUUCAGUAAAAAAAAAAAAAAACUGUGGAUUACAGAGACAUUCCUAAUUAUAUUUACACAAACUAUGUUAAAUGUUCAUACCCCGUGUCCUCAGUAGAGCUCUCCGCAUAUCCCCAAAUGUACCUGAUAGAUAUAACGUGCUGUAAUCUUUACUUGCUGCCUCUUUGUAUAUUUCAGCGGUAUAAUUUGCACUUGCUGUAAAGUACACUGUAUUGAAAUAUGAAUCUCGCAUUUUUUUUUCUUUCCAACAUUAAAGAGUUUUGUUUAAUAUCACACCCACAACAUUUUAGCAGAUAAUAAUAGGUACGCUAUAUUAUUAUUAUUAUUAUUAUUAUUAGUGGUGGUGGUGUUUUAAGGUUAGCGCAAAAUGAAGGUAGUUGGUUUUGGUUUUUAAAUUAUAAAAAAUGCACUUUUAAAAAUGGUUAGCUGCAUUUGGGAAGGAUUUGGGUAUUUUUGCUUUUCUUUGCUGUUAACAUCUCAACACAUUCGCUCAAUGCAUAUUAUAUUUAAAAUAAAUACAUAAAUAAACAAAUCAAUAAAUAAAUCGCUUAAUUUAUUCGAAAGUACGAAUCUGUGUGGGUCUGGUUGCUAUGGAGUGAAAAAGUGGUCGCCAGGGUUACACUGCACGUUGCUAGGAUACGUUUAACAUGUCCCUCCCUCUCUGUUUUUUUUUUUUUUAUUUUAUUUUUUCUUUUCUUUUUUACCGUUAAAAAGUCUACGGUAUUGAAACACGCGAAGAAUUGAGUUAUUUAUGAAUGGGGUUUUUUUGCGCGUUGCUAGGUUACAGCUCACGGAAAGUAAUUAGCAUAAAGAGGUUCUGGUAGCCCCGCCCCCUCUCUCGCCCCCCAUGCCCCCUCUCGGUUUCCGUAGCUGGUACGGACCGGAGUUACUCUGCAGUUGGACCGACACUGGCUCGGAAAGAGAGGUUUAAUGAUCCGAGUCAGAUCACAAGAGCGCUGCGGGCCGGGUGAUGGAGAUCCUGAGCACAGAGAAGCUGCUGGCCUUCAUCGACACUCUCAGAGUGCACCCCUUGGUCAAGACCCCAGAUAAACCGAGCAGCCCUCAGGAGGGGGCGCUAGUGAAUGAGAGGCUCCGAGCCUCUGUGGGGGUCUCCAUCGGGGGGAGGCGCCUCGAGGGCGAUGCAGGGGACUUUCCCGGGACAGUGCUGCCGGUGGAACCCCUGAGGGGUGGGAUCGUGGUCAGCAGGGUCCCCGAGCACAGCCAGCCGGGGGAGAAAGCAGCCGCAGGAGAGCCGGGAGCCGGGGCCCUGGAGGGGGGGCAGGGGGGCCUGGAGAGCUCGCCUCCCGCGGGGUGCACAGGGGAGCUCCGGGGGGUCGUUUCGGAAGGGGCACGGAGACCCAGGAGAGGGGAGAGAAGGGCAGGAGGGAGCAUGCGGUCGGAACAGCUCGUCAAGUCGGAAGAGGUUUGGGAUCUGGUGGGGCUCUCUGGGGGUGCAGAGAGGGCGCCCCCACACACCCAGACUGAGGUGCAGCACCGUCACCCCACAACCCAGCUCCUGUCACCCCGCUACAGGUGUGUGGAGUGCGGGGCACGGUUCAGAGAGGAGACGGCUCUCCACGAACAUUACAUUCAGCAUGCCAGAGGGGAACUGGGAUAGCAUUUAAAAAAAAAAAACUCACACGCUGUCACUUUCAGAACCACAGGAAAAAACAAACCACAUUUCAGAACGUUUGCAAAACAAACUUUCACACGGGUUUUACUGUUUUUUUAACUGCCGUCCUCUCCCUGCUAUUUCAGUGUUGUGUGUAACUCUGCUACGAUGACUCACUCGGAUUUUGUGAAACGCAAUCAAAAAUAAAAAGUCUAAAUGAAACGUGUCAAAUUACUUCAAUAAAGAGAGCUGGGUUGUGAUUUUUUUCAAAGAAAAAUGCAUUUGCCACAUCCUGGUUUAAUGCAAUGUGCGUGCGCGUGUGGUGUGUGGUGUGUGUGCGUGUGGUGUGUGGUGUGUGUGUGCGCGUGUGAAGGGACGUGGUUUACAGCACAGGUAGUUUUCCACGCAGGUGUAACACUGUAUUACAGAUGAAAGCACUAGCUCUCAGUAUUACUGUACACAACACUUUGCAGAGAGAGAGUGAAAGGGGAGUCCCGUCAUGUACACUGAAAUCUUGCCCAUCCCUUCAUCAACACCAGCGUGUGCCAAUGCGCUGUCUCAGGGAAUGUUUGUAUGUAUUUGUUGCUCAACGCUGAUUGCAGAGACGUCUCCAGCGUACGCACUUUGUUUGGAGUCACUCAGGGAGCGUUCCGUGGAGCCCCCUCCUCCCCCCUUUGUUGGGUCAUUUUGGAACCCCAUUCAGAAUUCCAGAACACCGUGCCCAGAGUAAUAAUGUUCUAUACAGAAGUUUCUGAUGCAGUUUAUAAUUGAGACUUUGUGUGAGUUUCGCUUCUUCUAAUACACGCCUUCCUCCACUCUGUUCCAAUCUGUUUUUUUAUUACGAAAGUGCCUGUGAAUAGAUUGAGAAUAACAUGGACUGAACUGUGAGCUCCGGUCAAUGCAAUCUGCUACAGUAGGCUGCCACCUUGUGGCUUUCAGCCAGUAUUACAGGGCAUUCUUGAAUAGGUUUAUUUUUGUUUUUACCCUUCUAGGUUUUACUGGGGAUUCACUACUAUGCAACCUCUAAUCUACAAGAAAUGAAUGCCAGCUUUUGAUCUCUUGCUGUCUGCAGUGUGAUUGGGUGGAAAGUGCUCCUCUCCUAGCGCCCCCUUCAUCGUUCCUGCUCCUCUCCUAGCGCCCCUCCAUCGUUCCUACUCCUCUCCUAGCGCCCCUCCAUCGUUCCUGCUCCUCUCCUAGCGCCCCCUCAUCGUUCCUGCUCCUCUCCUAGCGCCCCCCCAUCG